AUGCAACAAGGCAACAACAUCUUCCGAUCGAGUUCAACAACAAAGAAUGAAUAUACAAUUAAUCAAAUAGAAAACCUUUUAAAAUUAGAUACAAAUCCAAAACACUACAUGAUUCUUAAAAAUGGAAUUAAAAGAUUAACAUCAGAUUCAUGGGAAACAUCUGGUUUAACAAGUAAACUUCAAGCUGAUAGUCCAUAUCAAGUUAAACCUGGUUUUGCUAGUUGUUUUAAUUGUAAAAGUACGUUACAUUAUGAAAGUAGUACAAAAUAUAUGAAAAGUCAUAAUUGUAUACCUUCAACAACAAUAAACGAAGGACCAUUAGCUAUAUAUUUAAAUAAUAAGAAAGCAAUACGUGAUCAAUUGAAAAAAUUUGAUUUAGAAUAUUAUUUUGCUAAUACGAAAUUAUCAUUCAUGUCAGAUCGUGGUUCAAAUAUAAUUAAAGCAUUACCUGAGCAAGAACUAUCAUUUUUAAUCGACAAAAAUGAAGCGCGUUUCAGCACAUGGGAGGUUGGUAUGAAUAAAGAAAUACAAGAUAAUUAUGGUGUAGCAUUAAAACAAUCAAAUGUAACACGAUGGUUGUCUUUAUCCAAUUUAUUAGAAUCAAUUGAAAUAUCAAUAGAACAUGCUCGAUCAAUAAUAUCAUCGAAACCAGCAGCUGUUAAACAAAAAGUCUGUAUAAAUAAAAUUAAUACUGAAGAUAUUAAAGAUUUAGUUUGUUUAUUGAAACCAUUUAAACAUGUAGCGACAUUAGUUCAAACUGGUGAUAGACCCUCAUUGCAUAUGGUUUAUGUUGCUAUAAAUAAAUUAGAACAUCAUCUUGAAGGAAAGGAUAUUGAUCUAGAUGGAAAAUGUAUCAUUAUUGAUGAUAGACAUGAAGACCCUGAUGACAAUGAUGCUGAUAAUAAUUUAACAGCAUUUCGGUCACUUCUAGAUGAACUAGAUAAAUAUUUAAAAAUGGUAAUUGAUGUGCAACUCAAACAGCCAAAUCUACUACUUGCUCGACAUUUAUAUUCAAUUCCAGCAACGUCCGCUGGAGUCGAGAGGCAGUUUAGUGCCGCGGGUCUUGUAAUUGAUGAACGACGAUCAUCAUUAAAUCCUGAUACUGUAGAAAAUCGGGCUCGAGCCGGGCGGUCCAGGAAAGACUGCCAUCCGGGACGGGUCUGGCCACCCGAGUCUCAUGAUGGAUCGGGCAGGCCUCGACUUUUCUUGGCCCGGCUUGUUCCCGGUGGGCCACCAAAAAUUCACCUGAUUACGAGCUCUGGUGUGAACAUAUAG